UUCUGUUUAAAGCAAAACAGUAAAUAUUGCUUGUGACUUUGAUGUCAGAAUAUGCUUCGGUGCCUUAGAAGUGCCAGCGAUUGUCAUUUUUGAUUCGUAAAUUUUUCAGUCUUUGUCGUGGGAAUCAUGAGGAAAGCCCUGAUUUUUACUAUUUUGCUGACGUUAAGCUGUUGUGGAUUCUUCGGUGGAGGGGAAGCAUAUUUUAAACUUUGUAAGUCGCACACUACAGCCGGGAAGGUGGUUUUGAAAAUUUCUAACGAGAAAUGCGACGGCUGCGAAAAAUUGGAAAAUUGUACAACUCUGGAAGGCAGCAUACAAGUUCAAAUGGUAAGAAAGGCUAGCGAUGCAGUUAUGAAACAACUCCAGUUUCCGAAGUUAACUGAAAUUACUGGACACUUGCUUGUUUCCCUGAUGUACGGUAGGCGAAGCUUAAGAGAGAUUUUUCCAAACCUUGCCGUGAUUCGAGGGCGCCAAGUGUUUCUGGAUUAUUCGCUCAUCAUUUAUCAGAAUGACGGAUUGGAGGAAGUGAAUCUUCCCUCGUUGACUACGAUUCUUCGAGGUGGCGUUCGCAUCGAGAAAAACAUCAAUUUAUGUUACGUCGAAACUAUACGAUGGAAGUCGAUUAUGAGGAAUACGAAGGUCGAUGAAUACACCUUGGUUUUGAACUCAAAUAAUAAUGAUUGCUAUGAUAGAUGCUUCCAACAAAAAUGUACGCCUCCUGCUGGCCACGGGAGUUUAACAAAUCAGUACUGUUGGGCACCGGGUGCAGGUUCAAACGCUGAUUGUCAGGCAUUGUGUGACAUGAAGUGUGGUGACUCAGGCUGUGUAAAUGGAGGUCUGAUGGGAAAGAGCACCUCAUGUUGUGACAAACAGUGUCUGGGAGGAUGUACCAAAACCAACUCACCACAUCACUGUUAUGCCUGCAGAAAUUUCCGUAUGCCAAAAGGGGAGUGUGUUGAGAAAUGUGGCCCUGGUCUGUAUGAGAUUGAUGAGUUCAAAUGCAUAGAUAACUGCCCUGAUGGUUACUUGAAACUUGGAAUGAAGUGUGCGAAAGUCUGCCCAGCAGGCUAUAAAGAAGGAGGAAAUAAAUCGUGUUUGAAAUGUACAACUGAAAAAUGUCCAAGGGGUAUUGGAACACAGCUGGAGGAGAAUUUAGGGCAAAUUGAAAAAGUGAAUGGCUACAUUGUGAUCAUAGAGUCCGCAUCUCUGACUUCUUUGAACUUUUUCAAGAAUCUGCGGGAAAUUCGUCCAAGACUUAUCUAUAAUUUUCUCUCCCGCCCCCCAGCUAUGGAAACAGAUUUAUACAAUGAGAGGUAUGCCUUGGCCAUCCGUGAUAACCCCAAGCUAGAAGCCCUGUGGCCAUUUCAACAGAAUCUAACAAUAAUUGAGGGAGGAAUCAUGGUGCACUUGAAUCCGUACCUAUGUCCAAGCCAGAUCACUCCACUUAUCAAUGAUAUUCUGAAGUGGAAUAGGAAUGACAGUAACAGAGUUCUUGAUAUCUCAGACACCACCAAUGGAAACGCUGUAGCAUGUAAUGUUCGAAAGAUAAAUGUGACUGUAGAAGAAAUUACACUUCCAAGAGGAUGUAACCCAGUUUGUGUGAAAGUGGAAUGGGACGACGCUAUCAUCAACGAUGAUUACAGAAAUGUCUUGUUUUACACUCUAUCAUACAGAGAGGCCCCAAAUAGGCAAAUAACAGAAUAUACUGAUGUGGAUGCCUGUAGCAGCGAUAGUGGAGACAUCUGGACGCGAAUUGAUCAUACAGUUCCGCCCCCAGAAGUAAAUGUUUCUAGAGGCUUGAUAACAAAGCGUCGGAAGAUUGAGAGGACAAUUAAAAAGCUGAAGCCGUAUCAACUGUAUGCCUUUCAAGUUGAGGCAGUUGUACUGAAGAACGAUGGUGCAAAGAGUGACUUGGUUUUUGUUAUGACAAAGGAGAGCAAGCCUUCCCAGCCGGUCGGUCUCGAGGCAAACUACCUCAACUCUUCUGCAUUACUUGUGACGUGGGAACCUCCGUUGUUUCCAAAUGGGAACAUAACCAAGUACAUUGUGAGUUACGAAAUAAGUACAUACUCUGCCUGGAAAGCUGAUUUGGAUUGGUGCAGUCGACAGGUGUUCAGUAACAGACUUGGUGGUAAUAACAAUGGAGAGGGAAGCACAGAUAACACUCCCGAUGGAAACUGCGAAACAAAUUUGACUUGUACCUGUGACGAUAAGGAGGAAGAAAAAAUGAAACCAGAAAAACAAUCAGCAUUAUUCGCGAAGGAGUUCCAAGACAUCUUGUACAAAACACUUUUUACGAAAACAGAAGACGACAACGAACCUCCAACAAACAAAACUGUGUUAGCGACGACCGCACCUACCACAGGCUUAAACCAGCCGAACUGCAGUAAUAAUGCACAGAAUCCCAUGUGUCAGCCUACAACAGCACCAUCUGGUAAAAAGACAACCAAGUUGUCUUCCACAUCAGUUAAACCGACUUCCAUGAGACCCACAGUCCCAGCAACCAAGCCUAAUGCUUCUCUCACGGUGGAUGGCAACGUUAAUAAAAUCCCUUUAACAAACCUGAGGCACUUCUCUGACUACACAAUCACUGUCUGUGCCUGCACAAAGGUUGGAUGUGCAACUGGCUCUUCUUGUGCCACCACAAAGGGAAUGACAAACAAAAACGAAAAUGGCUGGUUGCGGGGAUGGUGCAGUGUCGAGAGCGCUCGCCUCCGACCGCUGUGGCAUGCAUUCGAUUUCUGGACGUGGCGUUCCAUGUGGGCUGAGUUGUGUAUUGAUACUCGUCAUUGCUCUGAGGGUUUUCUCCAGCCACCGUGUUCACUGCUAAAUUCCGUGAAUUUCCAUGACUCGAUUGCUUCUCAUGAGGCUCUUGUCUUGGCUAAUCAUGGCAUUUUAGAGUUCUCUGUAGCUCAGUGGUUGAGCAUCAGAGCGCGGAAUCCGAAGGUCAGGGUAUCGAAUUCUCGUGGAACAAAUAAAAAAUCUGACAGAUUUUUGUCUUUGUUCCAGGGUCGAGACAAAUUAUUAAGAUAUUUCUAUGCAUUAUAUCUGCCACAGUUUCUAUUAUCAUGGGUUUCCCCAAAGGACCCAAAUGGAGUGGUGCUCAAGUAUGAUAUAAAGAUAACACAGUCGGACUCUCAACCUGAAUUCAAGUGUGUGAGUGGCAAAGAGUUAAAAUACCAAGAGAAAGUAGAAGAUGGAAACUAUUCUGCCCAAGUUAGAGCUAUUACCUCGUCCGGCAAUGGAUCGUGGAGUAACACUGUGUCUUUCUCGUAUUUCAUUGAAUCGCAGUCCACAGUACCUCCCAUCGGAGAAAAAGAUGCGUUGUCCCUAGGGACUAUAGUGGGAGCCAGCUUGGCUGCUAGUGUUGUGUUUGUGUUAGCUUGUGGUUUUGUUGUGUGGUACAUUGCUCGUCAAAGAUACAAGAGGUACAGCGAUGAACAGAUCCCGGGUGUACUUUAUGCCUCUGUUAACCCAGAAUACAUGACAUCAACAGACGUGUACAUUCCUGAUGAAUGGGAAUUCCCCCGAGAGAAAAUCAAACUGGUUCGUGAAUUAGGAAAUGGUUCCUUUGGGAUGGUUUACGAAGGAGAAGCUGAAGAUAUUACCCCCGGUGAUCCAAUGCGUAGAGUGGCUGUGAAGACUGUAAGUGAAAAUGCGUCGAUUCGAGACAGGGUGGAAUUUCUUCAAGAGGCGUCUGUUAUGAAACAAUUCUGUAGUAACCACGUGGUAAGGUUAUUGGGUGUGGUCUCAGAAGGGCAACCUACUCUUGUUAUCAUGGAGCUUAUGGAGCUGGGAGAUCUUAAGAACUUCUUAAGGUCUCGUCGGCCAGGGGAAGGAACUCUACCACCUCCAACGCUUCAAGAACUUCUCCAAAUGGCUGGAGAGAUUGCCGAUGGAAUGGCGUAUCUUGCGGCUAGAAAAUACGUGCACAGAGAUCUCGCGGCACGAAACUGCAUGGUAAACGCGGAUUUUACUGUUAAAAUAGGAGAUUUUGGAAUGACCCGUGAUAUUUACGAAACAGACUACUACAGAAAAGGAGGAAAAGGUUUGCUUCCUGUGCGGUGGAUGGCGCCUGAGUCUCUAAAAGAUGGCGUUUUUACAAGUUAUAGCGACGUUUGGUCAUUUGGCGUGGUGAUGUGGGAGAUGGCUACAUUGGCAGCCCAACCCUACCCUGGAAAGUCCAAUGAAGAGGUCCUUAAAUAUGUGGUGGACGGGGGAGUGAUGGAGAAACCCGAGGAAUGCCCUGAUAGGCUUUACGAGUUGAUGACACUUUGCUGGCAGUUUACUACCAAAGCCCGACCAACCUUUGUGUUUCUCAUUAGUGUGCUUGAGAACGACUUGUCUGAAGACUUCCGACAUCUUUCUUUUUACCACACUCUUCCAGAAGACCAGCUAAAAGGCCUGUUAAGCAGUCAUUACAAGCACAAGAACAGAGCUGAAACAACGGGCUCUACUAACAACGUUGAAUCGGCGGCUUAAUGUAUAAAACGAUGUUAAGAGCUGCCUUUUCGCCCUAGUUUAUUAUAACUAGAGCUCUUCUCUGUCAAAACCUUGUGUUAUGUGUAGGACCUUCUACUAUUUCGAUAGGCGUUUUAUAAUAGCAACAAAGUAUGUAUUUGGAUGCCUUCUUAUGCUACUAUUUCCUCUGCCCGAUGAAAAAGUAUUUACGAGAAAUUUCGGACGUUUUUUAGGUCAGAACGUGUAAAGGUGACUUCCGAACUCCAGGGGAGUCUAGGAAAUAAGCUCUAUAUCCCUUGGGGAGUUGGAUUUUCACAACAACAUUCGUCGAUACCUGUAAGUAAAUUGUGAAAAAAAAAAAUUUUAAAAAAAACUCAACUUUCAUCCCGAGGAAAAGAGAAGGGGGAAAAAAGCCCUUAGCUAAGCGAUAGUCUGAUAAAUUAAUAUGCUGUCUAGAUCAUUCUUUGGAAGUUGGCUCUAAGAAAUUGUCAUACAAAGAAAAAAGCUAUAUUAAAAUUAAAGUAUUCAUCUCUGUA